GAUGGCCUCAGCGAUUGUUCCAUCGCUCAGGCUGAGACCAAGCUUCUCCUACGCCACGUCACCAUCCUCCUCCUUCUCUUCAUCCGGCGACGUCAAACCCCGUCCCGCCGUCAUUCUCCCGGGUCUAGGGAACAAUUCAGGAGACUACAAGAAGCUGGAGGUAACACUGAGUGAGUACGGUGUUCCUGCAGUGGUUGCAGCUGUAUCAAGGCUGGAUUGGUUUAGAAAUGCUGCCGGUUUGGUUGAUCCUUCCUACUGGCGCGGCACUCUCCGCCCUCGUCCUGUUCUUGAUUGGUACUUGAAGAGAAUUGAUGAUGCAGUCCGUGAAGCCAAUGCGUUAGCUCAAGGUCAAGGACUGUCUUUGAUUGGACACUCAGCUGGAGGAUGGCUUGCUCGAGUUUACAUGGAAGAAUACGGAAACUCUGAUAUCUCCUUGUUGUUGACACUUGGUACGCCUCACUUGCCACCGCCGAGAGGACAACCAGGGGUGAUAGAUCAAACACGAGGUCUUCUCUAUUACGUCGAAGAGCAAUGUGCAAAAGCUGUUUACACUCCUGAGCUGAGAUAUGUCUGCAUCGCUGGGAGAUACAUUCGUGGAGCUACUUUGGUGAACAAUGCAGAUGUGAGUGCUGGAAUCGACGGUGGUGAUGCGAUUUCAGAGCUUGCUAUAGCAAGCAACAAGACGGGCGAUUCACAGGUUUCCUCAGGGCCUAGUUUGCGUGCUCGUUUUGUAGGGCAAGGAUACAAGCAAGUAUGUGGAAGAGCUGAUGUGUGGGGUGAUGGAGUGGUCCCUGAGGUUUCAGCUCAUCUUGAUGGUGCACUUAAUGUUACCUUCGACGGUGUUUACCACUCCCCUGUUGGUUCGGAAGACGAAACCAGACCUUGGUAUGGUUCUCCGGCUAUUGUAAAGGACUGGAUUCACCACCUUCUUCAA